AUGCCAGAGUCCCGCAGACCCCCGCUCCCAGGAGAGUAUACUACGGGCUUGACGGACAACCUAGACGCACCCCAUUCCACUACAGAAACGCCAGCACCUUCAGAUUCCGCCACAGCACUUCAGCGUCAAGGGACGAGAACGUCCACGCCGACCUCCCAGUCCAGCGAGAUGAAGAAGACGUGGAAGGAGAGGUUUGGGUUGCUGGAGUCGAAGAGCGCGAAGAUGCCAGCAGAAGGGAGCAGCGAGUCGUCACAGACAGGCCUCUUUGGGCAUCUGCGGACCCAUCGGACGAAGAAUACGGGAUCCAAGAAACCAGGGUUGACCCCACCACAGGAGGAGUUAUCCACUGACAGAGGGGAAGAAGCUGUUAUGGCCUACCACAGAUUCCCCAGUGCCCCCAAUCCAGAUGAAGUCCCACAGCCAGAUGAGUUCUACUCGCAGCAGCAGCAUGACUGGGCGAUCAUGGACACAUGGCACCAAGCCAACAGGCUCCCUCCACUCAAGGACGGGGAGAUACUAGAGUUCGACCUCCAGUACCCCGAUUCACCCACUAUCCCCGGAUAUCCAGACCUCAGUAUCGCCACCGGACAUAGUAAUGUCACAACGAGAGGAAGCGCGGACCCAGACCCCAGCGACAUUUCAGACCGCGACCCCAGGGACACCUCAGGCUCUGACCCCUACGAUUCCUGGGUCACUGACAACGAGCGGCAUAACCCCGUACCCCUACGAACAGAGCUCGACAGCCAUUACGACAGCCCCUACAAUGAGUGCCAUGGAGAGUUAUGCCGCAGGCUUCAAGCCAUUGCUGAGGACCGAAGAAGGGACUGGGAAACCCCCGAACCCCUCGUACCAUAUGUCAGGUGGACCCUCGGAGAAUACGGAGAAGAGCCAGAAUUGGCCCGAUUUUUCUUUGACAACCCAAUCCAUUCGGAGUGGGACGUACUCUAUAGAAGGUUCCAGGAAUUCACCCGGGGAAUACGCAACAUGAAUCGGGCCCUUGCCCGAAGGGGCGGUACCCACGUACCAGAGGGACAGGAGUUCCCCAUACUACCGAAUCGGUGGUACCCAUGGGAGCACACCCAGUACACCAACUACCGCUACUGGCUCGCGUCAUCGGACACCAAGGAGUCCACUCCCUUCCCCAGGGCAACCCCCGAACUCUACAAUGACGGAGGAGAGGCCAGAAGCCAAUUACUCGGAGGCAUGCCUGAAGAAGGACCGGAAGCACCACAUGGCGAGGGAUGGGCAGACCCACCACCGGAAGUGCCCAAGGACCAGUCCCAACAUGCCCGGAAACCUCAACCCAGCCAACCCCUGCCGCCACCACCUCCGCCGCCAUCACCCCCCUACGAUCCUCAUCACGACUACGACCUGUGA